CACCCACUUUACUAGUCAACAACAAGUAGGUCCUCCUCUGUCACUGCCUAGUCGUCCACCGCCACCCGGUCAGCAACUCCGACACCACCGGCACACAACACAAGAUCCCAUCAAGCAUUGUCCUUGUGUGCCAGCAACACCGCCCUGGCGAUCAGACACCACCAAACAACAACGGCGGCCCGGCAUCUCGACCCACCAACCGAUCUAUCCAAACAUUGCCGCUCCGACCACUUUACUUGACCAACAACUCCUUCUUUCGCCGUCACUUGUGCACUCGAGUGCCACGCAUUAGCGAUGGCCUCCCCCAACCCCUCCAGAGUGGCGCCCCCGUCCCCGUCCCCGGCAAAGUUACGCCUGCACGACACGGCGGGCUCGGCGGCGGUAGCGGCUCGCAACUCCAUCAUCAACUCGAGCGCCAAGGGAUGGUCUCCACUCCAGAUUAACAAGCGUGAGCGCGAGGCUUUCAGCCCUUCCAAGCCUUCCUCCCUCAGCGCUUCCACAUCUGGCACCCCUCGCCGCACGUCAAGCUCGUUCCGUCACAUGGCUACCAACAGCCUCGUGGCCAACUCGCCAUUCAAAGACUUAUCAACAACUCAGGGCGCAAUGUCCAACGGUGUGUCCGUAUCCCCCCCGCCUGCUCCUAUCCAUGAGCGUCGGGCACCGUCUCGCCAGUUAGGCCAGGCCCCCCAGGUGGCAACUGGCAGCGCCAAUACCCCUAAGGCUGCCAUUGGCCUGGGUAUUAGCACGACUCCUGUCUCCCGUGGUGCCGCCGUGAGUGGCAAUCGCAAGGUGUCGAGCGAGCGCAAGAUCUCCUACCAGUCGGUUGUUGCAACCGAGCGCAAGACGAGCGCCGAACGCAGAGCGGCCGCCGCCGCUGCCGCCGACAACCAGGAAAAUCAGUCGCCAGAAAAGCCCGCCAAGCAACGCCGCACCCCCCGCCAGUCUCGUGCAUACAUGGGCCUGGUCGAGAACGAGUAUGUCACUCAUUCACCCUUCAAGUCGGACACCACCUCGAAUGCCGAGUCGGCUCCUGCUGCCGCCACCCAGGCUCGGGCCGUCGACAUUGGCAGCCCUGCAGGCUCCGAGGAGGUCUUGGCCUCCCCUGCCACUCGCCGUGUCUCUGGUGGCUCGGGCAAGCGUCGGGCAAGCCCGAGCACCUCGUUAACACAGGCACGUGCGCCGUCCAUGUCACCAUCAGCGUCACCUCAGCGCUCGUUCAGCAACUCGGGUAUUCCAUCGCCUCUCACCAGGGACGUCGCUACAGUCCAGGACCCCGCUGCGGCCCCCAAGUCCAAGGCUACACCCACGCCGACCAAGUCUUCCCUCGCGAGCGCCAAGAAGCGCCUGGUCGGGCCGCGUGUGAUCGGUGCUGCGCAAGAGUCACCGACCCGCAAGACGGUCACCUUCCAGGCCACUCCCGAUGUCAAGGAGUUUGAGCGCAUGAGCGUCGAGGGCUCGUUCAACGGCAGCUUCGAGGAAGACGACAAUGAUACCGAGUGGACAGAUGUCGCCGAGCAGGAUGACGCUUGGCUCACGCACAUUGUCCAGGACGAGCACAACAUCUCUCGCGAGUCACAGACGUCGGAGGAAGACCAUGUUGGAGACGAGUCGGCCACUGCCGACUUUAUGGACUCGCUCAUCGAGGAGGGCCUCUUCUCGCCCCCCGAGCUCGACACCCCUGUGUUUGCCGACCACGACGGCUUUGAGCUGCCCAUGGAGGCGUCUCUCGGUCCCGACGACAUUACCAGCAGCUCGGACAUGGGUGCCGCCCUCUCGACUCCGUCCAUUGGCAACGAGACGCCACUCAUGGGCCACGCCGAGCUCGUCGUCCCGGAGUCGCUUCACCAUAUCCACAUUAUCACACCGCACGUCAAGCCUGUGGAGCAGCCGCAGCUGCCCCACAGCGACGACCACGACAUGUUGUUCAACGGCAACGUGUUGGAGCCGUCGUCCCGACAGAUUCCGCAAAUUAUUACCCCCGGUCCCCACGCCCACCAAGUUGGCGCUCUUCAAGACCCAUUCAUCACGAUUCAGACGGCCACGGACUUGUAUGUCGGACACGAGGACCGUAGCGAGGGUGGCGUUCCUCUCGGACGCACCUCGCAUCACGACCGUGUUACCGCAGCCCGAAUGAUGGCUAGCCAGGGUUUAGGCCGCGGCUUCCCCAGCGCUCCCGCUCGCCAGACCCAAGGCCAUGAGCUCCUUACCGCCCGUGAGCUUGCCGACGACUCUUGGAUGGAGGAUUCUUCAACCAGAGAGGAAGUCACGCGCGAGGAGAUCCCCCGCGAAGAGAUCCCUCAGCGAGAGGUCUCGGGUGGCAGCACCGAAGGCUCCACCACCAGCGAAGUGGACUCGGUUCCCGAGCUUCCUUCCGGACCCGUCGAGUCUGACGUCUUUGGCGCCGUUAUCGCCAGCCCCGCCGCUCGCAAGGUCUCUGACCGGGUCGUCUCCGACGUCCCCGAGCUCCAGGGCCCUAGCCGCCGCAUGAUGAACUUCAAGAAGACCAAGCCUUCAUCCGCCAACUCGACCCCUAAGCGAGGCCUUCCUCGUCCUCCCGCGCCGGCUCCUCUCGACCUUCCUAGCCCCGUUCAUUACCCCAGUGGUAGCGAGUCAGAAGCCGAGUCGACCGCUUCGCACGCGACGAGUUCGACUGCAGUCUCGGCUGACGAAGCCGAGGUUGUUACGGCCAAGCGUGGGGAGCUGAGCCUUCCUUUCUCGCUCCCCGCCAUCGGCACUUCGCCCCUCCUCACCGACGACUCGGUGUUUGCCGACCAGCGCCAGGACGAGCCCCGCGUUCCGGACGACGCCCCUCUUCUGAACUUCUCUCAGCUCAAGCUCGAUGACUCUCAGCCGACCGCUGUCACUCACACUCGUCGCGUGUCUGACUAUGCACCCAAGCUGAACCUUGAUCUCGGGUUGGAGACCAAGGAGGAGCUGGCGGCCGACCUUGGUGCCCCCGAGGAGGAGGAAGCCGAGGACGCGCCUCUCACCCCUCCGCCAAAGAUCAACCGCGAGGUCCGUGAGAGCAGCCCUCGUAUUCCAUCGUUCGAGUUUGGAGACAUUUCGAUCGACAUGGGUGACAAGUCGGAUGAGAAGGCCAAGAAGGAAGCCGACUCGGACUCGUCUAGUGGCCCGGACACUCCCCGUGCGGCAGCGACGCCUACCAAGCCCGCUGUCCUUCGCAGCACGCCCAAGCACACGACGCCACGCUCAUCGAAGGGGACGCCGAAUCGCUUCUCCGAGCCUGGGACUCCCACUAGGGCCACGCCCUCGCAGCCUUCGGUCUCGUCACCGCUGGCCUCACCUCCUCCCGCCUCAUUGGCCGCUCGCCCGUUCUCUGAACUUGAGCCAACCAAGUCCCCCGUCAAGGACGAAGCUGACAGCAAUGUCAACCCUCGUGUCCGUCAGCGCAUCUCGCGUGAGCUCAUCCGCGAAACGGUGAACAAGAGGGUUGCCGCCGAAGGUCGCCCUAUGUCAAUGGUGGACACCGAGGCAAAGAACAAGGCGCUUCCCCCAGCACCCAUUGUGAUUUCCUCGGAUGCCCGCCAGUCGUUCUCCCCAACGUCGCCCAGGAGCCCGACGUCUGCCGCGGCGGCCUACAGACAGUCGCAAGACAGCCCGAAGUCUGCUUUAGACAAGCUCAUGUCGGCUAUUGGCAAGGACACCAAAGUGCCCGUUAUAGGCCGACGCGGCAGCGAUUCGCCCAGCAAGCUCGUCAACCCCGUGGGCAUCCUUCAGAAGGCGCCCAAGUCGGACGCUCCAGAGAUCCCUGGUUCUGUGGCCGGCUCCAUCGUCAACGACCCCAAGGCGCUCGCCGCUGCACGUCGCUCGCGUCGCCGCAGCGCUAGCACCAGUGAGAUCGACUCGCAGCCAGAGAUGCCGCUCCUCACCCUCGGCAUUGACGAGGACAGCGCGUCGAUCCUCGAGUCUGUGCGCGAUGAGUUUGACAACAUUGGCACCGACCGCGGCUACCGAGUUCGUGAGCAGAGACGCCAGAUUAGGGCGACCUACACUGGAGGCCCUGCGACAAAGGCUGGUGACCUCGAGACGGGCCGUGCUUGGCGUCCUGUUCGUCGCCCCUCGGACAUGAACACGCAUGCCAAGGAACUUCGCGCCGCCCGUGCCCGCGAGGCCAAUGAGGGCAAGUCGUCGGGCACUGUCUUUGUCAAGGUUCUCGGCCUCGAGGCCCUCAACCUUCCAUUGCCAAGGGAGGAGACCCACUUCUGCAUCACCCUCGACAAUGGCAUCGACUACAUCCGAACGCCAUACCAGGUUCUCGGGGAUGGAGUCCGCAUCAACCAGGAGUUCAGUUUGGUGGAGCACUCGAACUUUGAGUUCUCCCUCUCCCUCGACAUCCGCCGCAGCGACGCUCACAUUGUGAGGUUGGUGGAUGAGCGCAACAACCCGCCCAAGCCUACGCCUGCGCCUAGGCCGUUGUCCAGGCAACUUCUCGAGCCACCACGACCGCAGACGCCUGUGUCCUCGGUCGCUUCUCGCACAGGCGGCUUCCGAGCGCUCUUCCAGUCGCCCCGCAAGCCCAAGCACCAGCGCUCGCAAUCGAGCAUCUCGGCCAUGCCACCUCCCGCGGCCCCGCUUCCACAAAAGGAGCUUGCCCAGUCCUCCAGACCUCAGCCGGAGACUAUCGCCCGCUACCUUGUCGAUGCCAACAGCUCGACUGUGGCCAAGACGCACAUUGCUUUCAAGCCUAUUGCGCGUCAGUGCGAGGCCAAGGUGCUUGAGAUCCGAUACCCCAUGUUCGCCAUGUUCAAGGGCACGGCAAAGGCGGAUGGUACAGCGCCACGACCUCAAGUGGCCAAGAUCACCCUGCAGUUCCUUCGCUUGCCACCCCUGCCUGGUCUUGAGCCAGAGGAGCUGCCUGGUUCGAUCGACGAGACUCUUCGCGGGUUGCGACACCACGCCUGGCACGAGCAGAUGUACCUCGAGGGUAUUCUUACCCAGGUUGGAGGCGACUGCCGUGUCCCACGUCGCCGCAUGUUCCGACUUGUCGGUGCCAACUUGCUCGCCAUCAACGAGGUGACGCGCAAGGAGGUCGCAAGCAUCGACUUGGCCGAGGCCGUCGAGAUGACCGACCUGAAUGUGACUGCGGCGACUCCCAAAAAGGACCUGGACGACUAUGAUCCGUUUGGCGUCCGCCCCAGGAGCUUCCAGCUUCAGUUCAAGGACGGCGAGAAGCUCACCUUCUCUGCCGACAAGGACGACGACAAGGCCGUGUGGAUGGAGACUCUUGGCGCGCUCAUUGGGCGCGUGCCGUCCAACCCACUAUGGGCCGAGAUGCUCGCUCAGCACGAUCGCGAGCGUGCCUUGUCCAAGGACAAGCGCAGCGUGAGCAGCAGCAGCAUUGCCUCUCGUCGCAGCAAGGCCGGUGCCCCGCGCAAGGCUAGCCGGACGGUGAGCAGGGGCAGCAUCUUGGCAUGAUCGGGUCGGGCCUAUACAAGACGGCAUUCGGCGACGGCGACGCGCAGUGCGUGCGCCUGCCUCCUCGACUCGACGGCGUGUACGCAGCGGUACACGAUCCUGUAACACGCAAUCUCUACCCCGUGGGCCUUUGCGACGUAUCUCUGGUCAGCUGCGCCUGCUUUGCGGGGCCGCGUUAGAACUCUUCUCUUUUUCUCUUUCUUGUUGGAACUCGUAAUCAAUCGGCCAGCUAAAUCUGGCGCGCUGGCACGGCUGAGAAUCUAGAUACGUCUUGUAGUGCUGGUUCUGUACUCGACGAACCAUUGUGCAAUGAAGUGUGACGCUAUGAGGCGUGGGCGGGUGGGACUGUGGGUCGUGUGAGGUGGUGGUGUGCAAGUGAUGGGUGGCAAAAACCUGCCAGCUGUUGUUGUUGGGUGAUCCAGCAUGACUGUGCAGUG